AAGCAAGACUCAGCGGUAAGGCCGUAAUCCCUACCUUGUUUGGGUGAAUUCUUAAGGUAUAUAUUCUUCAUAGUGGAAGCAUCGGUUGAAAAUGCCAGACGACUUGGUUCAUACUUGAUCCCAUUUGCAUUUCCUUCUCUGGCGUCAUUGUUGGCAGAACUUAUUCAGUUGAGCUAAAAUGAGGGUGUUAUCUCACCUUAUACCACUUGUCUCUUUGUUUUGUACCUCCACACAUUCAUACCCGCAAGGGGAUGUAAUAUCGCCAAUAUCAGCAGACCCGUUUGACUACCCAUCGGACUUUUCUUGGAUCCAGAGUUAUGCAGCCGUUGGCGACAGCUAUGCGGCCGGCAUUGGUGUCGGCACAGUACUUGGCCAGCCUGAUGCAGUGCAAUGCAGCAGAUAUGAUGGUGCCUAUCCCCAGAAAAUGAAUAGUGUUAUUCAAGCCCCCAACUUCCAGUUCAUCGCCUGUUCUGGGCAUACCAGCAAGGACAUGAUAAUGAACCAAAUUGGCCAGCUGCAAGACAACUCGUACGACUUGAUCACCGUCUCUGCAGGCGGGAAUGAUGUCGGGUUCUCUGAUGUGUUGAAGGCUUGUCUUUUCUUACCGACGCCGAUGUCGAAGUGCACGGAGGCAUUGACCAAUGCCGAGGCCUUCAUCGAUACGAGCCUUGAGAGGUCAAUAUACGAUCUUCUUAACGGGCUUGCCCCAAAGCUAAGACCGGCUGGGUUUUUCGUCCAGACUCUGUACGCCAAAUUCUUUGACGAAACACCAGGCACAUGCGACAAGCAGUCUUGGUGCUUUUUAAACCCCACUGUUGAUGGGUGCUUGAAAGUUGACGUCCCUAUGCGGUCCGAGUUCAAUCGCCUGGUGGGAAAAACAAACCAAAAGCUCUUUGAUACUAUCAAAAGGUGGAAUUCAGAGAGCUCUGCAAAAAAUGUUUAUGCUGCACACUGGGGUGGAUGGCCAAUCGCGUUAGACGGACAACUCUGUGAACCUGGCUCAGCAGAUAGAUAUAGCGACCCAAGCAACGCUGGGCUCGCUUUCAUCCGACCUGAUGUCGGGAACGUUUUCAUUCCACCCGAAAGAAGAGAACUGGAGUUGAUGAACAUCACGGCCCAGUCCGUCGACGACCACAGCCUCCAGAAAAGGCUUCCAGAUGUUAUCAUGCAAUAUUUCCAUCCAACCGACUGGGGGACGAAUAUGCAGGCCGCCGUAGGUUUGUCUGCGGUCUCAAAAGGGCGAGCGCAUAUGGAUGCUGCGGACCGAAACCAACCUCACCUCUGCUCAGUCGACCCUCCACCAGGGGGGCAGGAUGUCGUCGCCCCCACUCCAGGCCAAGGCGUUGCCGCCCCCUCUGCGGGCGGAGGCAACGAUCCCUCGCCGACUCCAGGCGGAGUUAGAGUUCGAAGAGGUAGAGUGGGGCGCUAA